UAGUGUUGCUGAUGAAAUGUGAGGUUACAGGCUGAGUAGAAUAAUAAAUGUCGACUUUCUUUCUUCUCAAAAUGUCUCCACUACAGUUUCUGAACGUGUAUGUUACUGAAAGACUAACGGCGGCUGCUGCAGAGAUAUCAGAAGCCAUAGAGAGAGCAGUAGCAGAGUUGCAUGAAGAAAUCUCCGGUUCUAAGGAGGAGAAUAUUCGUCUACGAAGACUGUUGGAUUUGGUUUUCACCCCAGAGAUAAAGUUGCACAGAGCAGAUCCCCAGCAGCUCACUCUCCCCAUAUCUGAAGAGGAUGUUCCCCCUGAGCAGCAGCACUGUGAGCAGGAGUGGAGCCCCAGUCUGAGGCAGGAGGACCCAGAGCCCACACAGAUUAAAGAGGAACAGGAGGACCUCAGGACCAGUCAGGAGGAAGAGCAGCUUCAAGGACUGGGGGAGGCUGAUAUCAUAGAGUUCAUAUUUCCUCCUGCCUGUGUGAAAAAUGAUUGUGAUCAGGAGGACCCAUCCCAGGCCUCACAUCUUCACCAAACCCAAACUGUGGAGGACAGAGAGAGGGACUCUCUACCCACCAACACAACUGAAGAGAUUAAAACAGAACCUGAUGGAGAGGACUACAGAGUACCAGAAUCAACCGUUGAAUCUCAGCCCCCCUCUGCAGUAAAUCCAGACUGUUCUGCAGCUCAGAGUGAAAACAGGGAAAGUGAUGAGGUAAAGAGUGGAGGACUACUGUCAGGGUCUAAGACACUCAAAUCAAAGAGAAAACAGACAAAGAAAGGAGAAAGCCCUCAUACCAGUGCUGGAGGCAGGACGGACACAGACAAAAUGAUAGAUCACCUGCAAACUCACACUGAAGAAAAACAUUAUUGUCAUGUUUGUAGCAAAUGUUUCUCUAAGAGUGGUGUUCUCAAAAGACAUAUGAUGAGUCACACAGGAGAGAAAUCAUACGGGUGCAAAGAAUGUAGGAAAUGCUUCACAAAGAAAGUAAAUCUUACAUAUCAUAUGAGAAUUCAUACAGGAGAGAAACCAUAUCGGUGUCAAGAAUGUGGGAAGUGCUUCAGCCGUAGUAAAACCCUGUCCAAUCAUAUGAUGGUCCACAGAGGGGUAAAACCAUAUCAGUGUAAAGAAUGUGGAAAAUGCUUUACUGAAAGUGUAGCCUUAAGCAGGCAUAUGAGAGUUCACACAGGGGAGAAACCAUAUUGGUGCAAAGAAUGUGGAAAAUGCUUCACUCUGAGUGGGACCUUGAGCAGGCAUAUGAAGAUUCACAGAGGGGAGAAACCCCAUUGUUGCAUCUAUUGUGGCAGAUGUUUCAAUGAUCAUGGAAAUUGUCAAAGACACAUAAGGACUGUUCACAAGAGUGAGAACGCAUGACAAUGGCCUUUACCCUGCAGAUAGAAAUACAGGGCCUAUUGCAACCAUCGAUGGCCACUGUAUUAUCGGCAGAUUAUCUCUUGCCCUACAUCUAUACGUGCUAAAAAUCACCCGAACUGCAAAUCUCAGAUACAACCGUUAUUGUUUACCGUAUUACCGCUCCCUAAAGCUGAUGUCGCUGUUAACUUUUAGUCAUGCUUUCUCCCAAAAUUUUAACAAAAAAAAAAACAUGUAACUAUUUAACAAUCAUUCCGUAGAGCUGAAAUCAAGUAUUUCCUCAUUUACAAAUCUACUGUGGAAAUCUACCCUACAUAUUUUAUGAAUGGAAAAUGUAUGUUGAUGUACCACUGUUUCAUUUCUAAUUUAUGUAAUCCAUUAACACAAUAUGGUCAUAUCUUAUCAAGGGGGCAAUGAAAAUAUCUGAGCUUUCUACAUCUAAAAUGUGUAACUAAAUCAAGUUAAUUGUGAUUGAGUUCAUGUUUUAAUUAAAUUGUAGUCUCAAGUUAUUUAAAAUGACACAUUAUAUUCUUAUUAUGGUGACAUUUAAGGUUAAAUGUUUGUAGGAAAUAUAAUCCCAUAUUCUUACAAUAAGUAUUUUAGAUUAAUUACCAGCCUUGCAAUUUUCAAUGUUUCUGAUAGGUCGAUAUUUCAUUGGGGGCGGGAGUAGAGAACCUAGACGCUGCUGUCCAGGCUGUGUUCAGUACCAAAAAAAACAUAGUGGAAUGUUCAAUUAAACGGAAACGGUGCUGAACGACCAGUUGAAAAACAGGGAGGUGAUGGGUUGUGUGUUCAAAAUGCACCACUGCCCUUUAAUGCUGUGUUCAUAACCAAGUGGGAAGGUGGUAUUUACCACAUACGACUGGGAAAAUGUCAGUUGAACGGCCCUCCAAUUGGUAAUUACUAGUGGGAAACUCGUCUAUCAUCCCGUGCUCUGAGUUUCCCACUUGCACCUCUGACAAAAAAUACAGCAAGCAUGGUGGCAUCUUCAGCAGUUGUUUAUGGUAAGAACACAAUACAAAUUGUUGAUCCAAAAUGGAUUCUGUUCAUCUUCCUUUUCAUUUAGAAAGCAGCACUGGAUGAACUUUGUAAAACAAUCACCUUCUAAUGACCUCCAUGUAUUUCCCAGUUCAAAACGUGAAAGCACCACCCAACUCGUAUUUACGACUACACAACUGGUAAUUACCACCUUCCCACUUGGUUGUGAACGCAGCAUUAAUACGUCACUCAUUGCUUCAAGCCACACUUACCAAACGGCGCAAACAUACCUCAAAGUCUGUUCAAGAAUGUACACGAACGUUUUGGGAAAACGUGUCGUUCAGUACAAACCGUUCCGCAACGUAGCAAUUGUUCAAUCGAACUGAACGCACCCUUGGUAUCCAACUCGUUUGACACAGUAACAACGGGAGAUCAACUGAUCUGCUGGUUAAUUCUCUCUGGUUUUUGGUUGCAAGUUUGUACUAACUCGCAGGUGCAGGUAAUCUCCCGUUAGUAGCGUUUUAAGAAAUCCAGAGCUAAUGCUCAUCUGCCCGUUGGUUGCAAUUGGUCAAUAAUGUUUAGCGCUGACAUGAUCCUUUGCUCUAGUCUAUGGUUGAGGUCCUGCCCUACUAGAUGUGCAGACGUUGCAUUGCAUCAACCAAUGGUUGCAUGCCAUGCCAUGGACUGUGCAGCCGGGUAUCAGAUUGCUAUUUCAUAUGAUGUGGUUAGAACAGGAGGUUCCUGAGGGGAGAACAGCUCAUAAUAAUGUCUGGAACGGAGCAAAUG